AUGGAGUACAGUGCUAGUCUGGUGCUCAAUGCAGUCUUUCAUGACUUCAAUAAACUUAACGAAAUUGUUGGAAAGCUGAUUGCUUACCCCAAUAUCGAAAUCAAGUGCCUUAAUUGGCGUCUCACCGAGGCGACGAAAAAGGCCCUCAGUUCUGAAUCCCGCCAGGAGGCAAUGCGCAACGCCGUCCAGCAAGCAAACGACUAUGUUAGCGUCAUCGGACGAGAAGUCGUUGCGGUGUCACUCUGCGAGAUGGCGGGUGGAUCGGAGAAUCAAAUGACGCAAGCCCGUAUUCUGCCUCAGUCGAACGCGGAGCCCAUGUAUCAAUUUACUGACCCGGCUUUGAAGCUGAACCCCGAUUCAGGUGCUUCUGACGCACUUAACUUGAGUCCGCAGUUGAUUCGGUACACGAAUCCUGUGCAGGUCGAAUUUGACGCCGUAACCGGUCGACAGGACGCUUCCUAG